GUUUCCAAAAAAAUUUAAGGAAAAAACUUCCUGCGAAAGGAGAAGCGUGCCAACCUUCCAGACUGAAACUUUUAAAGCGAGAAAAGCGCAGAGAGUGAGGGGCAUCCCGAAGUUAUUCUCCUCAUCUUUUACGGAUAUCUAUACACUGCUGUAACCACGGCUUCAAAGGUGGACAACGUUUUUUCCUCUCUAUCCCUGCAUUUCUUCAAGAAAGAAAUGGAAGAGGGCUCCAGUUCUCCGGUCUCCCCUGUGGAUAGUCUGGUGACCAGCGAGGAGGAGCUGGACAGGCAGCAGAAACGCUUCGCGAGGAAGAGGAGACACAGUAAAAAGUCCAGCGAGGACAGCAGCGGCAGCAGCCCGGGGCCGGUGAAACGAGGGAAAAAACCGAGUCCGAGCAGCACCCAGUCGUACGAGGAGCUGCAGAACCAGCGGGUCCUGGCCAACGUCCGGGAGAGGCAACGGACUCAGUCUCUCAACGAGGCCUUUGCGUCUUUGCGCAAAAUUAUCCCCACGCUUCCCUCGGACAAACUGAGCAAGAUACAGACUCUGAAGCUCGCCUCCAGAUACAUUGAUUUUCUCUGUCAGGUGCUGCAGAGCGACGAGAUGGACAGCAAGAUGUCCAGCUGCAGCUACGUUGCGCACGAAAGACUCAGUUACGCGUUCUCCGUGUGGAGGAUGGAGGGUGCUUGGUCUAUGUCAGCAUCUCACUAGCACCCAGAGACCUUCACUUACUAUGCCAAAGCGACUGUUUACUUCUACAAAGUAUGAAGACCAAAAGGUAUUAUUGAAGAACCCAUCGACCUCAGAGGCAUGGCGGAGAGACGUAAUGUGACCCACAACUGUGCGUGUGCGGACGCGGACCCACGGCGCUGUGCUGUGUGUGUGACUGUGUGUUGCUGUUGUAGUGGCAGACUGAGAGCUCUGCCAUGUGUGGAGGAGGCCAGAGGUGUCAGAGCCCGGCCUGCAUUCCAGCAAAGCCAUCCUUAAAUCGUUUUUUUUUUUUUUAAGAAGGAGAUAUAGGCCUAUUUUGUUUUUCAAAGACUUUAAACCAAAGUAUAAAUAUAUAUAAAUGCAUAUUGUACAUACCUGUGUAAGUGCGCCUAUAGCUUGUAAAGGGACCAAUGCAAUUUAGAGUCAUUCCUGCAUGGAUUUAUUUUCUUUAGCAAGUCUCCAAAAACUCCGUCCAAUGUACAUUUAUUUUGUUUUUGCUUAUUUAUUAAAACACAUAUUUUUGAACAAAAUACGCUUGAUUUUUUGAUUUUUUUUUUUUUUUCAAAUUUUAGCUGUAGAUUUGAAGCUAUAACAUAAAACCAUGUAGUUCAGCUGAAUAAAUUCCAGUCGAAGUUAUUAAAGUUUCUGCUGAACUUCCAUCCAACAAGAUUUAAAUUAGAGCAACCUAAAACAAUACGCCUGCUUAUGUGAGGUUUCCCUGAUGGCUGCUAGAUUAAGAAAGAAAAAAAAAAUACUAACACCAUUUUUAUUUCCCUGCUGGGUGUGAGAAACUGCCCCCUUUCUCCCCUCUCCGCUUGUUAUGGAAAGAAAACGCCGACUUAGAAGAAAAAAAAAACGACCAUAAAAAAUACAGCUUCAUUAACAGUGGAGGAAAUUCGAGCCAGUUUCAAACUCAGGCUUAUAAAAUGCUUGUCCGCUUAAAUAACGAGUAAUCAUUUCAAAUGGCGAUGCCUCUGGGCUCUUUAACGAGCAGGGAGCCCCAACAACCGCAGAUAAGGACAAUAACUCUCAGCCUGCAGCUUCAAAAAAAAAAAAAAAAAAAACGGACCCCAACUAGACGACUGUAGAAAUUCCUUUGAAUCUCUCUCCCGCUCACUCUUAAAACAUUAAAACUGUUUACAUCUCGGUUUCCCAGACGUGGUUAGAUGCAAUCUAAACACUGAAAGCAGCUCAUUGUUAAGCAGGGGUACUAAUGUAAAUGGUGGCCUGACUCUCUGUGGCUGCUUCAGCUGAACUCAAACCUUCACUUUCAAGUGGAACUUUUGAAUAGCUCAAUAAUUACCAACAAAACAAACAUCCCCCUGUCGAUUUAACUGCAGCAAAUCCACAAUAAUAUAAUGUCAUUUCAGAUGGAUACAGUCCGGCAUGUUAUGUUUUUCUCAGUUUGAAAACUGCAUUACAAAAUAUAAAGUACUCAGGAGAUAACAGAUGACAACUCACUACAGAUUUCCACUCCAGUGUAGAAACAGCAGAAUGUUAGUCAGCCUGUGUGAUUGUCUCUGUGUGUGUGUGGUGUGAAGGGGAAACACCUGCAAGCCACAGUGGCUUAAUCCUCCUGCUGCUUUGUGAAGAU